AUGUUUGAACAUCAGGAGAAUCCCGCGCUGAAAACAACGACCGGUCACAGAAUUUCCUUCUCUGUUAUGGACAUUUUGGACCCUCACAAGUUCACGCGUAAAAAGCUAGACGGACUUUCCACAGCGAACACUGAGACGCCUUUUCGGAGAACAGAGUUUGACAACAUGUCCAGUUCACCCUCUGGCAGAGACACUCCUUCUCCAACUGAGUCAUUACUUAGUAACAAAAAUCCAGGUGAAUGCACAGAAGAGGAGCGGUGCAACUCGCCACACACGCCUGAAGUGGAGGCCCCCACCCUCGCAGACACACAUUCUCGGCUCUCUUGUCCCAAAGAUCCGGAUGAGGCGGACGGCGAUGAAGAAAGCAGCAGUGUUAACGGUGUCGCAGACGCAUCGAGCACGGAGGAUCCCGCGCGCCGCCGCCGCCGGUCCCGGGCCGAUCACGGGAGCGCGCGCCCCCGACGCGCCAGAACCGCGUUCACAUACGAGCAGCUGGUGGCGCUGGAGAACAAGUUCCGCGCAACGCGCUACCUGUCCGUGUGCGAGAGACUGAACCUGGCGCUGGCGCUCAGUCUGACAGAGACCCAGGUGAAGAUCUGGUUUCAGAACCGCCGAACAAAAUGGAAGAAACAAAAUCCAGGAGCUGCAGACAGCAUCCUGCAAACGUCGAGCUCGAGCGUAAGUCCGGGUCCGGGACUGUGCGGGUCAGCCGUGGUGGGAUUUCACUCUUUCCCGCCUUUCAGUGGCGGAAAUGGUAUCUUCCACUCUUCCAGUGCCGUACCAAUAUCAUCUUCUAGUACGCUUCUGCGUCCGUUAUUUUCUAGGGGCUACCUGCAGCCCACCUUCUUCCAGCCUCAUUUAUAA